AUGGGUCAUAGAUCGCGGUGUGCGCGCCACACUAUGUGCGUACUGUUCGCCCAGACGACGGAGCCCCGUCGAGGACCCACGGCGCGCGCGCCCCGGCGCGGUCUCUCGUCGACGCGCUCGACCGCGACAGGAAAGAUGCCGCCGAAAUUUGACCCGAAUGCCACCUUGGAGAUCUUCAUGCGCGCGACCGGCGGUGAAGUCGGCGCCGCGUCUUCGCUCGCGCCGAAGAUCGGUCCGCUCGGUCUUUCCCCGAAAAAGGUCGGGGAAGACAUCGCGAAGGAAACUGCCAAGGACUGGAAGGGCUUGCGCGUGACGGUGAAGCUCACCGUGCAAAACCGCCAAGCUAAGGUUUCCGUCGUGCCGACUGCCUCGGCCCUAGUCAUCAAGGCGCUCAAGGAGCCGUUCCAAGACCGCAAGAAGGUCAAGGGCAUCACGCACACGGGCAACUGCUCCCUGGACGACAUCAUCGAGGUCGCGCGCGUCAUGCGCCCGAAGUCGUGCGCGAAGAACCUCGCCGGCACCGUGAAGGAAAUUCUCGGAACCGCCAAGUCCGUCGGCUGCACCGUGGAGGGUGAGGAUCCGUCGGACGUGCAAGAAAGCAUCGACGCGGGUGACAUCGAAAUCCCGGAAAAGUAA